AGAGAAAUGGAUGAGGCGUGUCAGUGGAGAACGGUUUAGCUCGGAUGUCACUGCUGCCGGAGCCGGGCUGUCAGAAUGAACGGCACUCAGCAGACUGAUACCAAAAGACAACACCUCCUGGAGAGGCUGCUGGAUGCUGUCAAACAGUGCCAAAUCCGCUUUGGAGGAAGAAAAGAGAUCGCCACAGACUCAGACAGCAGGGUGAGCUGCCUGUGUGUGCAGUUUGAAGUGGUGCUGCAGCAUGGCCUGAGGAAAAGCAGGGGUCUGGCCCUCACCGCUGCUGCUCUCAAGCAGGCUGCAGGCCUCAGCAGCAAGACAGAGACAGAGCUGACUUUCUGGUUUUAUGUGAAGGAGCAUUUGAACCGCCAUGAGCUUCAGCGGUUCUACUCACUACGCCACAUUUGCUCAGAGCUGGGACGAGGUCGUGCCUGGCUGCGCUGUGCCCUCAACGAGCACUCGCUGGAGCGCUACCUGCACACACUGCUGGCUGAUCGCUCACGUCUGGGAAUUUACUAUGAAGACUGGGCUUUUAUUCUUGAUGAAGAGAGGGCAAGUAUGCUCCCCACCAUGGCUGCAGGUCUGAACUCCAUCCUGUUUGCCAUCAAUAUUGACAACAGCGACCUAAAUGGUGGGGUGAUGCGAGGAGGGGUCUCGUCAGUGUCCCACCUUCUCAAGGAGUCCACGCAGGGCAUCGGCAGCCUGUGGAAGGAGUCGACUCAGGGGGGCACCAGCCUGCUCAGCACCGCCACGGCCGUGGUUCCCGGCUUCACCCCCAGAGUGAACGGAACCUCAGACCCGCUACCGGUUUUGCCACGCAGCACCUCUGCUGACUCGGGGUUGAGGAAAGAGCGCCGGAGGAAAAAGAAGAUCACCAACAUCAUUUCCUUUGAUGAUGAUCUGGAUGGUGGGGCAGAGGAUGAGGAGGAGGGGGAGGAGGACUCCCAGAAGAUGGGCAUGAUCAGAAAAGGUCGUGCUGCUCCUGCUCAGAGCAGCGUGGAUGAAGGCAUAGAUCCUUUGGAGCCGGCCUUCUCCCAGUCGCCAGCCCAGAAUGGCAUAGUUGAGACGGAUGUAGUGAGCUGGGUGGGCUCCCCCCAUCCCUCACGUACAGCUCCCAUAACUGCAGCCCCUCUGCCUGAUAGUAAGAGUAUAGACAACGAAGAGGAAGAGGAGGAGAUGUACAAACCCAGAGCACAUACCCAGGAAGAGGAGAGGAUCAGCUCUGAUCAGGUGGUGGUGGGAAGCCUGUCCAGUGUAUCCACGUGGAGCCCUCUGCAGGUGAUGACCGACCACAGCAGCUCAGACAUCCUCAUUCCUGUGAACCCUGCAGACCCUCAGCCAGUGAGCUCUGUGGAGGAUACAGCUGCAUUUCAUGCUCAGUGUGAUUCAACAGGACCGCUGGGAAACUAUGAGAAUAGCAGAUCGGAUCUAACAUUCAAUAUGGAGUCCAGUCCACCCACGCAGUCGGCUUCACUCUCCGGCGUGCUGCCGACAUCUGGUCUGCCCGAGUCCAUGACAGUGGUGGAGCUGCGCCAGGCCAUUGUAGCCAUGAUGAACAGGAAGGACGAGCUGGAGGAACAAAACACGUCUCUUCGCAGCCUGCUGGAUGGAGAGAUGGAGCACUCAGCUGGCCUGAGGCAGGAAACUGAUCUGCUGAAGAAGAAGCUGGCAGAGCUGGAGGAGAGACACACAGCUAAGGUCCAGGCACUGGCCAGAGAGAAUGAGGUCCUGAAGGUCCAGUUGAAGAAGUAUGUGGGGGCGGUGCAGAUGCUGAAGAGAGAGGGCAGCCAAGGCAAUGACGCCCUAUCAGUGUUGCAGUCAUGCGAAGACCAGGCCCCUGUCCCCCAAAAUAAGUUCAUGGGUGACAUCGAGGAGCUGGCUGCUAGCUAUGAACGCAAACUCAUAGAGGUAGCCGAGAUGCACGGUGAGUUGAUAGAGUUUAAUGAGCGCUUGUACCGUUCACUCAUGGCCAAAGACCACCUCAUUGUCCAGAUGAGACAGGAACUCAUUGACCUGAGAGGACUGGUUCCAGGUGAUCUAAGCCAGACAUCAGAUGACCCCAGCCUGUCAGAUUUUGAGACGGCUCAUCGUGCUCUCAUCAAUGUGUGGAUCCCCUCUGUGUUCCUGCAGGGCAGAGCUGCCAACGCUUACCACGUCUAUCAGGUGUACAUCCGCAUCCUGGACAAUGAGUGGAAUGUAUACAGACGUUACACAGAGUUCAGGGAGCUCCAUAACCACCUGAGAGGAAGGUUUCCACAGGUGGACACCUUCAACUUCCCGCCCAAGAAAGCCAUCGGGAACAAGGAUGCUAAGUUUGUGGAGGAGAGGAGGAAGCAGCUGCAGGGCUACCUUCGCACGGUCAUGAACAAACUGAUCCAGACGCUGCCGGAGUUCACAGCCCACCCCACCAAAGAGACCCUGCUGUCUCUGCUACCUUUCUGUCUAGACACACCCCAGGCCAAUGACACCGGAGCCAAGACACCGCGGUCCAGAACCUCUUCCCGCUUCCCCAGACUGAGCCGCAGUCGCAACCAGGAGACCAGACCUGAACCACAGAGUGGUGACCUUUAAUCCCAGGGCCUUUGAGCUGGUAAUUUCACUGUACUGUGUAGGUUGCAGAUAUCAGUGUUCCUGUGCUCACCUGGUCUGUGACACAGACCUACCAUGUGUGAGGACAUUAAGGGUGUCUACGGGGCCUUCAAAGCCUUACAGACUAAAAUGUCUCAGUCACGAGAGUGGAGGUGAAUGUGUUCACAUUGCAGGCCUCUCUAGGAGAAUAUGUAAAUGUCUCGGUCCAUUGUCUGGCUGAGUAAAUGAUAAAUGACUCCCCAGAGGCUGCCUUUUGUUUGACCCAGUCAGACAGCACCUGUUACCUCACACGGAGACCAAAACACUCUGUAAACUGCACAUGGACCAGCCUGGGACUGCUCUCUUUUGUCUCAACCAUGUCUUUUUUUUUCUUACUCUACUCAGUUUUUUAGUAAAAGUGUAUCACGGUCUCAGUGCCUACGGUGUUUUGUAGCUGCUUUCCUGCUAGGGGUGGGGGGUGGGGGGAGUGUGUUGAGGUGAAGAGGGGUUGUAAUACUCUCUUGUGGAAUGAUUUCUGUUUUUCAGUUUAUGUGUAAGGAUCAUAGAGCCACUAUUUACAGUCUCGGACAUAGACCACCAGGCAAUGGGCAUUCCUUUUUCCUAGUUCUGUUAUAUUAUCAUUAUGACUAUUACAUAUAAUCUACAGAAAGCAUAUCAUAUCUUAAUGUCACCAAGGAUGCAGCAGUUAUCGAAAAUAUCUUUUAGAUUCAACAUAAUAAUCUUAGCAAGUGCAUGAAAAUUAUUGAGGUGGAGAGGUGAGUUAAAUCUGUCUUUACGUAUUUAAGAAUCAAAAAAGUCAAACCACAAUAUGUUAAUGAAAUAAUAGAUUUUAAAAUAGUGCAUAUUAAAAGAGGAAUUUGACAUUUCCAGAUUUAGAGUACACCUAAAUGUGUGAAUUUUCCAGCCACUCUUUAUUUUAGAUACUCUGCAAAAAGCUAAGCUUGAGAAAUUGCCUUUUUAAGCUAAGCUACUUUGGCUAUUAUGCUAAUUUGUCAGCUAACCUUUAACGAUAAUAGUUAUUUUCUUUGACCACAAAAUGCCAGUAGCUAUGUUGCUAAGUACAAUACACAUAGUAUUUCUUGUUAGUUUACUAGUGAUAUUCGGUGUAACUGGUGGCGAUAGUUCUUUUGAAGCCAUUUGCGAACUCGUAAUGAUGACACUUCUGCAAUCCUUUCUGCCAAGUGGGAGAUAUCAUAGCGGACAGAAAUUCCUGAUUUUUCCAACUCAGGGUUACAAAUUGAUGGUUUUUCCCACUCGGCUGCUCAUUAUUACAGUUCAAACAACAGGACAUGAACGUAGCAUAAAAUAUGCAUUUGUGGUGAGUAAAUAUUUAGGUGUAUGCGUGAACCCCCCCAAAAGACAGAUUGCUCUCCAAUCAGCAGAAAUAAAUAUAUAUAUAAUUUUCCCUUUCUCUGACCUCUGUUCCACCCCUAAUAAUUUUCAUACAGUCCCUUAAACCAUGUCAAUCACUUGCUAUGAUGUAUAUGAGAAAAAGGGGAACGCUGUCUUACCAUUAAUAUUGAUGUGUAAGCUGUGUUUCUGUGGGUUUAGCUUCUCCCAAAUCAAAGGUCGACUGGCUUUAGUGACAGAUUCAGUGUUUAAAGAUUGUUUAACUAAUGUGUUUUAGCAGGAUAUAAUACAGUGUUAUUUUGCAAAUGAAUGUUUUAAUGAUGACUAAACACUUGAAUAGAAGCUGCUUAUUAGUGUUGAGUGCCAGGAAAGGGCUGCUGAGCAUCAAGUGUGUGUGAAACAGAAGCUUAUGCAUAUGCAUGGCUUACCCCAGAGUAGUCAGAGGCUAUGUUCAAACAAAAAGUGAUUGUGUCAGAAGGUUUUUUUGGCAAACUUGAAUCAAAGGGUCGGCUCACAAUACUGUAAACACUGUUCACUGUCGAUGACGGGAGGUGAGCAAACAAAGCUUGUGGGUUUUAAUUAAGCUGUUAUUCUUACACAGAAAUGAAACCCAACUACUGGUAAAUACUGCGCAGUGUUGUCAGGAAAAUCUCACAUUGUGCUGUCAAAUAAGACCAUUUUCAGAGAAUUUUUGUCUGUGGCGCUUCUGUUGCAUCCUAUCUUCAACAUGUAAUGUAACUUAAAUAUGAAUUUCUAUCAUUGUUGUUUUUAUUAAAGAUCAUUCUCUACUGGGACGCAGUUAAAAGAGUAGAACUGGUGAUAUUUUAGGUGUAGGACUGCCUCAUCUCUUAUACAGUCAAGGUUUGGGACAAGCUCCAUAUUGUAUCUGAGGUAGUGUAUAGUAGCUAUGCACAGAAUCAUUCCACUCCUUUGAUUUAGCACUGCAUUAAUAUUAAUAUUGUUGGGUUCAAAAUCAGUGGCAUUACCUUUUAAGAAACCCUGAAGGCAACUUAAAGGUACCCUGUCAAAUUUUAGACCACUAGCAGUGCUAUAGAGAAAUGUUUAUACUGUAUGUGUGGGGCCCAUUUUUUGAUUGUGUGUGGUCCACGAGGGACUGUUGUUUCAUGUAUGAGCAAGACAAUAAAAUAUGAUCCAUGAA